CACUAAAGUGACGCCAUAUCCAGCGUCAUUCACGCUCCUUCCAUUUACUACACUUCACGCUUUCACAUAUAGCGUCAAAUAUACGAUGGCUCCGGUCCGACGAUAUCUGAGGAUAUCCAAGUACUCGGUCCUUGAAUGCCGGAUUUAUUUGGAUAACCCUGCAUUGGCCCAAUCAUGGCUUCUGAAUCCUCGAAAUCCAGUAUUACCCAAGGUCAUCGAGGCAAUCCGUCCUUUGGUGCUUCCGAAGCUGCGUGAAGAGAAGGAAAGGAUCAGAAAGAAGAGCAAGAAGAAGAGCAUCAAAGACGUCAUAGUAUCAGACGAGUUUGAGGUCUCCAUCUUCUUGACAGAGACGAGCACGAGACAUUCUCUCCUUUACAAGACCAAACAUUUCAGGGACAAGCUACCACCGAAACUCGAGUCCAACUCGUCUAAACUCAUCGGUGAGACAGAUAGUGUUCCCGUGGACGUUGAGGAUGAAUAUCGUGCACUUGUCUUGCAAGAAGAAGACGAUGAUGAGGUGAGACUCGCUGAUAUCCCCGUUGCCGAAACAAAAGCACGGCGGAGUAAGCGCCAAAGAGGAAUACAGGGCCCGGAGCAAGAUGGCAACGAUGAGGCAUUUGAAGAUGAUGAAACAGCCUCGGCCAUCGAAAUCGGUUCUGAUACAGAGGCACCCCCACACAAGAGGCACAGGGCCCGGACGAACGACGGCCUUGAUGGAAACGAAGACAAGAAGAAGCUAGCUAUGGACGUCUCAUAUGAGGGAUUUGCAAUAUACGGUCAGGUGCUGUGCCUUGUGGUCAAGAAAAGAGCAAACGCUGCAGCUAGCAGUGGUGGGGGUGGGAAAGCCCUGCCAGAAGGCCAGGCUACGAUGGAGAAUUGGAUUUCUUCUACGCAAGUGCCUGUUGGGGAGGACAUUCCAUAACCGAGACCAAAAGUGUAACCAAAGCAGUCAAGGGGCCUCCUACGCUUAUGCUAAUCUUGCCGGAGUCUUUUUAUUGCUUAGGUUUGGGGUCUUGAAUCUUCGUGCUUCUCUGGCUGGCCCGAAUGGCCUGAUAAUUUGAUGUUAGGUCGAUGAGGGUCCAUCCGAAUACUGGGGUUUGACAGACGGGAACUGCGGAUACGGCCGUCGGGUUCCUGUGGGUGUUCGGGCUGCCUUCGGGCGGCGGGAGGAGACAGGCUACCAGUGACUUUACUAGGCACUCAAUGCCUGAUGUAUCAUUCGCUGAUCACAGUCUGCUGCCCAACUUGUCACAUCAGUCAACUCAUUAGUCUAAUCUGGCGAGGUGCGAUUUACUCCAAGGUAUAUACGGAUGAUCAUUCAUAGAUAAUGGCUGUGAUAUUCAAUUAGGCGAGAAUAGCAUCACUGCUACAGCCCACACCACCAUUGACAACGGGCCUCGAUGUUUCUUGGCGUCAGUCUCGCACGGGUCCUGUCUCCAGCUUGGCACAGCGGCGAUGAUCUGGAGUUGACAAGCAGACGAACACCAGGCCCCUACCAUGAACCCCAUUAUGAAGCUGGUUUGGUGUUCUGUAUGGUUGCAGCCGUAAACCUGGAGCAGCGUAGUGUGGGUGAGGAAUAUCGGGUCUUGGUAAGUUUGCAUGUCUCAGAGUGAUAUGACAAGAGGAAAUCUAAAAGCCCGACGUCCGGAGGAGAUACUCCCAUGGAGGAGUUUCGUGUAUAUCCCACACUUGAUCCUCCUAUUUGUGUAUCAUCAGACUGACCCCGGUACCGUUGGGUGGCAUAAUGGGUCUCAAGAGCGAGAAUGAGGCCUUUUUGAUAUGGAAUCCCAGUUUCGAAACUUUCCGGUAGAUCCUCGAUGAUAGGUGUACGUAAGUGUCACAUUUUUUUGAGGUUGUAAUAGGCGUGAAAGCGAAAUUCCAUCUGUAAGUCCUUGGUCCAGCAGGUCUGGAAAAGCCGGAUGCGUUGCGGACCAUUACAUUGCCGGCAUGCGGCGUUGUGACCCUACCGGUUGGUCACAAAUGAGUAGCCAAGUUAUUAUAAAUAUAUUUAACUGUGUUAAGAUAUAACCUCUGAGCGGAG